AUGUCGAAUAUACAAGUAGUUGUACGAUGUAGGGGAAGAAACCAGCAAGAGAUCAAAGCAAAAUCACCUAUUGUACUUGAAUUGGCCGAUGAUACUUAUUCAAUAAAGGAACCAUAUAUUACGCUAUCCAACACUAUGGAUUAUGCCAAUGCCAAUAAAACCUUCACCACCGGCAGUAGCUCAAACACCUUCUUAGAUGCUUGUAAGAAGACAUAUAAAUUCGAUCAAAUAUACGGGUCUCAAGCUGAUCAGUCGCUUAUUUUCGCAAAUGUGGCAAGUCCGCUACUAUGCGACUUUCUAAAUGGCAUAAAUGUAACAAUUUUGGCUUAUGGUCAAACUGGAACCGGGAAAACGUAUACAAUGUGUGGGACCAGUAACCCAAAUAGUUUAGACACUGUUGAUUUGCCCGAGGUUGCAGGGAUAAUACCUAGAUUGUUAUGUGCACUUUUUGAGAAACUAGACUCUACAACAAAUUCCGACUUUGCUGUCAAAGUGUCUUACUUGGAAAUCUAUAACGAAGAACUAAUAGACUUGCUACAACAGCACAAUAAAAAAUUGAGAAUACUUGAAAAAAAUAUCCUGGGUAAAGCAAGUCCUAACCACAAGGCAAUUGCUGUACAGAACUUGACUGAAUGUUGUGUGAGUAGCCACCACGAAGGAAUGGAAAUCUUGAGAGCGGGUCUAAAAAGAAGGAAAACUGCAUCUACAAAUAUGAAUGAAACCUCUUCACGAUCACAUACCAUUUUUGGCAUUCAGUUGUACCAGAAAGAUCCCACGAAUGACACUGUGUAUAAGAUAUCAAAAAUGAACUUGGUUGAUUUGGCUGGCUCGGAAAAUAUCAGUCGAUCGGGCUCUUUGGCAAAAGAAGCCGGCGGAAUUAAUCAGUCUUUGUUAACUUUGGGCAGAGUAAUCAACACUUUGAACAACAACAACAAAAGCGAGUCAAAACAUAUACCGUAUCGAGAGUCUAAACUUACAUAUCUACUACAGGACUCGCUCGGAGGAAACACCAAAACCACCUUGAUCGCAACGGUUUCUCCGGCACAAAUCAAUGCCAUGGAGACAUGCUCAACCUUGGAUUAUGCUGCUAAAGCCAAGAACAUAAAAAACCUUCCCCGAACGGGCCUUGAUUCCGAAGUUCUUUUGAAAAGAACCUUAGUAAAAGACAUGGCAAAAGAAAUCAGUCAACUAAACCUUGAUUUAAAUGCAGCACGUAAUAAAAAUGGUAUCUACAUGGAGAAGGAAAAGUAUAGUAAACUUCAAGAAGAACAUGAAUCACUUUAUACGCAAUUGAAAGAGCGUGAUUUAGAGAUAAAACUGUUGAGUGUCAAAUGUGAUUUAUUGGCCAACUUGAACACUGAGCAAAAAUUACAAACUGAAAAGCUGGUCUUGGUGAUUAAGGAGUUGAAAGAGAAGGUGGAAACAUUGGAGAAGCAACACAAAGAGACUGUAACGGCCAAUGAAAAUAGAAGGAUUGAAAUAGAAUCAUUGAGUCGACAAUUGAGCACAACUAAAGAAGAAUCCGAGCAUACAGUUUCCCUGGUAAACUCGAUAAUCGCAAACUAUCUACAGGCAUCUUUGCGCAUUCUUGAAGAAACAAUGCAAGCUCAAAUAGAUUCUGGUAUUCUGGUAAAUCUCAAUGAACUUUACAAUAAAUUCCAGUCUGAGUUACAUCAAUAUAUGGAGAAAUCUAAGAUGUCUCCAAAUUUUUCAAUUCUUUCAAUUCAAUCUAGUCUAGACUCUUUGCUACAUUUACAAAAGCAAAUGUUCAACAAUGUCGAGAAGGUGAUUACCAAUAUUGGAAUUGCCAAUAAAAAACUAUUUGACCAGAUAAAAACAAGUGGUUUACUACAAGUUGAAGAAGCCAUUUGCACGAAACAGACAAGCACCAUAAAGAACGAUAUUGGAUGUUUAACGGAAAGCUUGAAAUCAGCUUUAAGUAAAGAGAUUGAGCAGUCGAUGCAGAAUAUCUUGGAGAAAACGUCAGCAGUUAUUCAUCAAGAAAUGUCAAAAGAAAUAUCCGCAUUGUUAACUAUUGAAACAGACUGGAAAAAACAAGUGCAAGACUCAUUAUUACCACUGCUGCUGUUGCUAAAAGAAAAUUCUUGUGAAAAAAAAGUCAACCGAAAUGAAACAACCCAACCAAAUAAUCAAUUGAGGCGACGUGCCUCAUCGUUGUCGCCUAAAAAGACAAAAAUACCAAUCAUGCAACGACUGAGCACAAGUCUACUUGAAGAUCAAAAUAAAAGAAGAAAGGUUUGUAUACAAUAG